AUGGCAGAGGGACCUUCACCAAUGGCACAGAACCUGACACCAACCUGCAGUGAUGCCUGUGACCCUGCCGAACUUGGAUGUAAUCUUUUAAAACUUUUGGGCUUGGCUGUUGAAACGCUUGGCAACAACCCCACCGCUGCCCCAGGGAGACGUCUGAUGGGAGAGAAACCAAAGCCUGAGCAGACCCUUUCAAGACAUCACUUGCCAACAGACUCCUACCCCCCUCCCUGCAGGCCUUACCAAACAGAAGGUCAACCAGGGCUUGACCCCACUUCAUCUGCCACGUUUGUGGCAGCAGCGACAGAGCACACCCUGUAA